AUGGAAAAAUGUCUUGAAUAUAUACCAUGGAAGAGUUUUCCCUUGUUUGAAAGAAUAGUACUUAGUUUGUUUGGUAUGUUUGGUGCCGUUGGUGUUGGUAUUUCAAUUAAUUUACAUGGAGACACUUUAUUCAUUUGUUACAACGAGAUAAUAUCAGAGACUAAAGAAUUUUCUCUUUUAAAGAAGGUUGAAUCGACUUGCUUGAUACAGUACAAAAAGGAAUCAACUUUUAACUAUCCUAUUAUCCCUGUAGUCUGUUUGAAUUUUGGCACUGUCUUAAUGCUGAGUCUUGUCUAUGGAUAUUUAGUAAAGCGUCGAAUUAAAAAAUAUGAUGGGUUCAAUCCAAAAAGGAACAGCAAUGAAUAUAAUGAAUAUCUACUCUCAAAAUAUUACCAUCAUGAUUCUAUGUCUGAUGUUUGUAAUGGCUGUGCUUUCAUGUUUUUCUUUUACAUCGCUUAUUUGAUUGCUCGUCUUGUUUUGUUGUCUAUAUUUGCUGUUAUAUUUUUCUCAAGUAAAUAUCCCAUCGAAUACUCUUGUUAUUGGCCUCCCAGUCUUCCCACUUCAUACAACGUAACAACACUUAGUUGCACAAAUUCUAACGGUGGUAAAAGUGAAAAUUUAGUCCUGGUUAUUGCAUCUGUUGAUGUCAUUGUCAUGACAAUAACAACUGUAGAGUUAUGUUACCUGGCGUAUGCUUCUUUCAGUGACAAUUCAUUUACAAAAGACAGAGAAUUUUGUACUGUUUACUUAAUGAAAAAACGUGAAGUUAUUAGAAAAUGGUUGGAAAAGAUCAAAAAUGAUUUUUACACGUACAGAAUAUUUGAAAUACGCGACGACUAUGGUGAUGAUGAAAACUAUUGGAGAAAGUUCGAUGACAUAUAUGUCAACGUUAUAAUGCAAGCUGAAAGACAGCUAGAAAAUGCUUAUCCAGAAACAUUCAAGAGGCACGAAAUAUUUAAUUGUCAUCUUAAAAUUCACGAAGAUGCUAAAAAACUGACGAAAGUGACAGAAAUUUUCAAACCAAGUUGGAAAAAAACAGAGCAAUCGUUUCCGCGAUCUAUUUUGGUUAUUGGAAGGCCAGGAAUUGGUAAAACUAUGUUGGCAAAAAAACUUAUAUAUGAAUGGAAAAAGAGUUCAGAUGAAUUUUGGAAUGAUAAACUCGCGCUUCUAAUUCGUUGUCGUACAAUUGCAUACGAUAAUCUUAUUACUAUCAAAGAUAUGCUGAGUAAUUGUGAUGGAUUGUCGAAUGAACAGUUUGCACAAAUCUAUGAUUUUAUUCAGUCAAAUCCUGAUAGAAUUAUUCUUAUUUUUGACGGGCUUGAUGAGCUCCCUCUGAACAAUGAACGUCUUAGAACUGAUGGCUCAGUGUGUGCUGAUGCAAAAUUGCCAGCAUUUACCUUGUUAAGUAUGCUAGUCGAAAAUAUAUUGCUCCGUAAUGCCACAGUUCUAAUAACAUCACGACCCACAGCUGAAUUUGCAUUUAAGUCUUUAAAGUUUGACAGAACUGUAGAGAUCUUGGGUUUUUUCGAGGACCAAAUUAUCGAAUACGUCGACAGGUUUUGUGGAGAAGAUAAAAACACUAUGGAGCUGAUUUUAAAUUAUAUCAAAAGUUCUCACGAACUGCGUAGUUUGUGUUAUAUUCCUGUCAACACUUACAUCAUCUGUCUAACGUUGAAAGAAUGUUUUAUCAAUAACUCAAAGGAUAUUCCAAAAACUACCACUGAAUUGUACAAAAGAGCAGUGAAAAUCUUACUAUGGCGUCACCAUCCGCGUUGUAAAGCUGGAUUCAUCCCCAAACCUAACAGAGGUUAUCUUAUCAAAGAUUUACCUAAAGAACUUGGGGAGGACAUACAAAAAAUGAAAAGCCUAGCAAAAAAAGGAAUUGACGCAGGGAAAUUGAUUUUUGAUGAACCUAGUCUAGCUGAGUUUCCUAACUUGGCCAACUGUGGCCUAUUUCAUCAGAUACCAGAUAAACGACGUGAUCUUUACUGUUUUUUACAUUUGACACUUCAAGAAUUUUUGGCUGCCUGGUUUAUUAUUGGUGACUUGCAAAACGUUGGAAAGUUUUUGGACGAUCAUGUUAAAGAUCCUAAGUGGCAUCUAGUGAUAGAGUUUAUUGCUGGUUUAAUGGGGGACGUUAAGAGAAAAGGAAACAUCAUGGAUAUCCAAGCUGUAAAUGAUGUUGAAGAAAGACUUAAAACGUGGAUCACUCAGCUGACUCUUAACGAAAGAAAUCAAACACUCGGUUUACUAGGUGUCAAGUGCUUGUACGAGCUGCAAGACAGAAAUAUAAUUAAAUCAGCUUGCAAGGCACUAGAGAGUGCCGUGUCAAGUAGUUGUAGAAGAAUAACUAUUGCUAAUGUUUCAUUUACACCUGUUGAUUCUAACUCACUUUUUGAAUUUUUAUCAGAAUGCAUACACAUAACUAAACUCAGGUUUAGUUUUUGCAAGUUCCUUGAUAAUCAUAGCUGUCUUAGAAUGAAGCUUUUUUUGUCAAACAUGAUAGCCAGUGACUUAAUUUCUUUACAGUUUUUAUCGUGUAAGCUUAAUUAUCAUUUUUGGAAGUAUCUUAGUGAAGCUUUGAAGAGUGAGAAGUGUAAGCUUACUGAAUUGUGCAUAAAUGGUGACAAACUAACAGAUGAAUGUGCAAAAUAUAUUAGCGAAGCUUUGAUAAACGAGAACUGUAAGCUAGUUAAAUUAAUUAUUUAUGAUAACGAGCUAACUGAUCAAGGCUUGAAAGAUCUUAGUAAAGCUUUGAAAAGUGAUCUAUGUAAACUUAAUACAUUAAAUAUAAGUGAUAACGAAGUAACAGAUGAAGGUGCAAAGUAUGUGAGUGAAGCCUUAAAAACAAAACAUUGUAAACUUAAUAAAUUAGAUAUAAGUAACAACAAACUAACAGAUAAAGGUGCAAAAGAUAUUUUUCAAGCCAUUAAAAAUGACAAUUGUAAUCUAACUGAAUUGCAUAUAUGUGAUAGCAAAUUGUCAGAUCAGGUUGUAGAAGAACUUGGAAUAGCUUUAGAAAGUGGGAAAUGUAAACUUACCAAAUUGUUUCUCAGUAAAAACAAAAUAACCAGCGAAGGUGUCAAGCAUCUUUGUAAAGCUUUAAAAAGUGCAAAUUGCCAACUAACAGACUUGUAUAUUAGUGAGAACAACAUAGCUGAUAAUGGUGCAAAAUAUCUUAGUGAAGCGUUGCAAAGUGAAAAUUGUAAAUUAAUUGAGUUGUGCAUUAGUGUAAAUUCACUUCAAGAUAAAGGAGCAAAAUAUCUUAAUGACCAAAAACUACCAAUCCGACUUCAAGGAUCAACAAGUUCCAAUGCAACAGGUCGCGUAGAAAUAUUCUACAAAGGAGAAUGGGGAACAAUUUGUGAUGAUGACUGGGAUAUAAACGAUGCCAAGGUUGUUUGUCUUCAACUUGGUUAUAAAAGAGCUGUUGCAGCUCUUACAGGACCUGCGGUUCCUGACGGUAAUGGAACGAUAUGGUUAGAUGAUGUGAAGUGUAGUGGAUAUGAAUUGCAUCUUUCAAGUUGUUCACACAGAGAUUGGGGAGGACAUAACUGUGAUCACACAGAAGACGCCGGUGUAAAAUGUUACGAAGACGUUGAUGAAUGUUCCCUUUCUACUGAUAACUGUGAUGAAAGAGCAACUUGCAUUAAUACCAUCGGAUCAUUUUUAUGUGAAUGUAACAUUGGCUUCUUUGGUAAUGGAAAAUAUUGUUCAGAUUUAGAUGAAUGUUCCCAGAAGUUGCAUCAUUGCAGCAUCAAUGCCCAUUGUGUUAACACAUUUGGAAGUUAUACAUGCGUUUGCAAUUCUGGUUUUAGAGGAAAUGGAACCACUUGUAUUGUAAGCGGAGGAGAGAUUUUGUGGCGGUUACUUCAUGAGGUGUACGAGAAAGAUCAGAAACUUGAGGCAAAUUUAAGGGCAGCGCCUGAACUUAGUGCGAAGGUUUUACACCCGGGAAAUUACAAAUUCAAAUUCAAAAUCCCGAUUAACACCUCUAAUCGCCUUGAGAAUGCUGCAGUUUUCAAUGACCAAAAACCCGAAUUCUUGAGAGCCUUUGCAGAAUGGAUUGACGAGUGGGAUGACCUUAAAUUGUCGAAUUGCGACAAAUUCAAUCUUACUGUUCAAACUAGUCAUGCGCUUCGAUGCACCCUUCGCUGCCAUGCUGCUUUAAUUGAAGAACUUUUAAGUGAGGGUUAUUCAUAUGUGCUGACUUCGCGCUUCCAGUGUGAUCCUUUGGAAAAACGGUAUGGUCAGUACCGCCAAAUGAGUGGUGGUCGUUUUUUUGUCGGCUUAAAAGAUAUGGUGUUCUCAGAAAAGGUUCUAAAAAUAAAAAGCCUUGUGAAGGAAGGAAUGGACAUUGAUGAUCGGGUCAAAGUCACCGAUGAAAAAUCACCGGAAAAAGUAGCAGAAUUUAGAGACUCCGUGCAGCCAAUCAUAUCUGAGUCUAAUAGGAUAUGUUUGACGGAUGCUUCUAAGGAAUUUUUAAUAACGUUGCUGGGUACAUUACAAAAAAGCUGA